AUGCCCGAGGAGUAUGAAGGUCAGCACCUCCAUACAUCGAGAAGUCUCUGCAACACGGAUAUGAAGGAUAUGAAAGACGUGAUAUCCGUUGUUCUUUUUCUUUUGUCCAACAACCUGUCAUUCAGAAUUGCUCAUGGGCAAGGCCAGGGCAUAGAUGACCCUCGGGAUCUGAGCAAUUUGUUGAGGGAAGAUGACGUGAUCAUGGCAACCAUUGAAGUCUCCGGCUUGAACUCUCCAGAGUUCAUAAAACAUCUUUUGAGAUUAGGUGGGGUAACAGCUGAGACAAUCGUUGAAAGGUUGUUUGCGAGUGCUGUCAGAAACCGGAACUUCCAACUUUUUGUGACGAUGCUUCAAGCUGGAGUGGAUCCGAACCUGACCUUCCUGGGUGGGAAAGAUGAAGAAGAUAAGCAUAUGUCUCUAACAGCUUUGGAAUUUGCGGCGGCUCGUUACAAUCAAAGGGAGUCCGUGCAAUGGGCACGUCUUCUGUUGUUUCACAAUGCUAUUCCCGGACAGCCUGGAUGGGGCUCUUCGGCACUUGAGCUUGCCUUCAUGAAUCAGAAUGAGAAACUGGUCAAUAUGUUAGUCCAGAUUGUUCCUCAAGUCUCACCCGACUUGAUUGGAAGAUGCCUGGAAGCGACGGGGAAUCUCAAGAUUGCCAGAACAUGCUUAGAGUUCUGCGAUGAAAUCAACAAAGGAUUUGAGCUCUCUAUUACUUACAUAGACACCAGACGAACUGGGCCCGGCACGCUGCUCGGUGUCGUUUGUUGGAAUAUGAGGAUCAUUGAAGCUACUGUGAUAGCUAAACACCUCCUCGAACGAGGUGCAAAAGUUGACGCUUGGCAUAUCUUCCCAGCUCCAGCUCACGGGCAGGAAAUUUUGGUUACGACUCCACUCGGACUUGCGGCGGCUAGGGGAAAUCUUCAGCUUAUGAAAAUACUCCUUCAGGCCGGUGCCAAUCUCAAACCAGACGGUGUGCUUGGAUGUUUGUCUCCGCUUGUGCUAGCGGUCCACUACAAACAGCACUUUGCUGUUAAACUCCUCAAGAAAUGGGGAGCGCCCUCAUCCUGCCGCUCCGGCCGCCGGCUCUCAACUUCUUCAAUCGAGAACCGAAACUAUAUCCUCGCCCUAGCCGAUCCGCAACGCCCCGGCGCAGCCCCAGGGGAACCAAAACGCAUCCAAAAACACCCCGCCACCUUCCAGUGCUCCCUCUGCCCGAAACGCUUCACCCGCGCCUACAACCUACGCUCCCACCUCCGCAAUCACACAGACGAACGACCCUUCGUAUGCACAGUGUGCGGCAAAGCCUUCGCCCGACAAGACGACCGCAAACGCCACGAAUGCCUGCACUCAGGUGAAAAUAAAUUCGUCUGCUGCGGCGAUCUCUCCGACGACGCGCAAUGGGGCUGUGGUCGGCGCUUCGCGCGCGCUGACGCCCUAGGCCGCCAUCUCCGCUCCGAGGCAGGCGUUGUGGGAACAUAUUUUGUAGACCCAGAAACCUUAUGCAAUCUUCGAUACCCCAGCUCGGAUCGCUGGAAGAUGGAAGGUUGGUGUCGCUGGACGAUGGCACCUUGGUGGAACUGGGCCGGCGAAAAUAAAGCACAUCCCGCUACGUUUGCAAGCGAAAAUAUGAAUCUGCAGUUUUCGCAAGCUCAAAGCGAUUCUCAGACUUUGGUCCACCAAUCGAUUUCUCUAUUAGAAGACGCAGUGGAGAAAAGUGAACAAUCUAUGUUCUCAAUUUUACUGCAAGUAGAUGCAUGGACACCAGAAGACCUAGGGAAAGCAAUUGUCAAGAGUCUACAGCUUGACCGAAAAGACCUCACUCCUGGGUUGCUAGCAUCUGCCGCUAAACUCUACAAAAAAGGACUCUUCUGUUCAUCUUUGAAUCUUGGUCCCAAAGAGACGGAUGCCCAGACGGUCAACCAUCUCGUUUUAACUGGUUGUAGUCUUGACUACAUCUUUGGAUCUCCGAAAAUGGCUCUCUGUGAGGCUAUUGAGUAUGAACAGAUGGCUCUUGUGGAUAUACUUCUCACAGCUGGGGUCCAUCUUGAUGAGGUGGUUGCUCCCGCACAAGUUUCAGCUUUCUUUCAAAUUGCAGUCAAGCAAAGCCAUCACAAGCUCAUGGAUAUGCUCCUGCUAGCUGGCGCUGAUGUCAAUACGCCUGCAACAUCUAGAGACAUGGGUACAGCUUUACAAAUUGCGGUCGAGAAAGAAAAUCUGCAGCUCACGCAAUGGCUACUUGAAAUCGGCGCAAACGUCAAUGGGGCACCUUGGCGCGACAGUGGAAGAACUGCUCUACAAGCUGCCGUCCUUCAGGGGAAUCUCGAGCUGGUAAACAAACUGCUGGACAUGGGCGCAGAUGUCAACCAGAGUCCUGCUGAUUCUUCCGGGGCGACCGCUUUACAGCUCGCGGCGAUUCGAGGCUACAUUAGAAUUGCCCAACAACUGAUUGGACGUGGCGCUAAUAUAAAUGCUUCCAGGGGUCACCACUUUGGUAGAACAGCACUUGAAGGAGCCGCAGAGCAUGGCCGGACUGACAUGUUACAAUUGCUGUUGAACGGAGGGAGUUUUCUCGAGGGCGAAGGCCGCAGAGAGUUGAUUCGAGCUGUCAAGUUAGCAAUGAAGAAUGAGCGACAUGCAAUCUCCCGAUAUUUGAAGUCAUUCAUUGACUGGAACGACUCGGACAACGAAUGUUAUCAGAAAGAAGUUUUCGACCAAGAAGAGGAAGACAUGUUGGGCAAACUGGCAUAA